AUGAAGCAUUCGAAAUUGCAGAUUAUGGAAGAUGAAAGUCUAAAACUGUUUCAAGAUCAAAUGGGCUUACAAAAAUUUUAUGACACCGUCUUGCAAGCUAUUCUCCGGCAUGUAAACUUCGAAGUUACGCGAUGCAUUUUGCUUGCAUCUGCAGGAUUCGUAAAAGAUCAUUUCUUUGAAUAUAUGAUGCAAUGGGCUUCUAAAAACGACAACCUGUUGCCUGAUUUACUAGAAGUUUUAGCUGAUCCUGCUGUAACAUCGCGUAUGGCGGAUACUAAAGCCAUGGCUGAAGUAAAAAAGCUGGAAAACUUUUAUGCAAUUUUACAAACAGAGCCAAGCCGCGCCUUUUAUGGUCUCAAGCACGUCUUGAAGGCUAACGAAGGCCAAGCAAUUGAUACCCUUUUGGUGUCUGAUAAUCUCUUCAGGUCUCAAAGUGUAGAAGAACGUAAGACGUACGUUAAGCUGGUUGAAAGUGUUCGAGACAAUGGAGGCACCACGCGCAUUUUCUCCUCUCUCCAUGUAUCGGGUGAACAGUUGACGCAGCUAACCGGUGUGGCUGCGGUACUCAGGUUUCCCAUGCCCGAGCUGGAAGAAGAACCGUUAGACAGUGAUGAAGACUCAUAACAAAGAAACUAAAACGAAGAAUUCCUUGCCUUUUUCAAGUCCAGUUCAAAAUAUUUCCUGCUGAACUUAAGUUGGAGGUGUAAAUAAAAUAAGGAAGUCACUGCU